CCAGUUUUCAAAGAGGUUUUUCAAGUUUCGAACCUGUUCGUACUACUGAAGACAAGCGCUGUUCUCACUCCAAUUCGUUCAUUCUUCCGCUCAAACAAUGUUUCAAGGAGAACGCGACGAAAAUCACGUUGCUUUGCCGUUAACCGAGCUGGACAUCGACGACGAGGAGCCAAAAGACAAAUUCAACUCUUCCGGAGGUGAUGCAAACAAUGAUGACGACGCUGAGUGCAAAACCUGGGGAAACAAGGCUCAGUCUGUGCUGGCAAUGUUAGGUUUUUCGGUUGGAUUUGGAAAUGUUUGGAGAUUCCCUUACUUGUGCCAAAAGAAUGGAGGCGGUAAGUUUGUCGAAGUCAUGCAUUGAGUGCAUCUAGGAGUAAAUCAAAAAGAGAUUAUUUUAUGUAUGCAGUUAAUAAAACUUGACGUCGCUCUCGUUGUGGCAGAGUAUUGUCAUUGGUUGCAAGAAAUUCAAAAGAUUGUUUGAAAUUUUGUGAUCUCGGCGACUAAAAGUGGCAGUAAUACUGUAGCCAGGUCGAAAAGAGUGUCACGUCGAGUUAAUGGCUCGCAAAGCGGCAUGUUUACGUAUUUUAGGAAAUACCGCAUUUAAUUUGCAUAGAUCGCUUAGAAAGCAAAAGAUGAGACUUAAAACUGGAACAGAUCCAGAAGCAAAAAAUUAAUGCUGUAGAUCCAAUAAUCUCACCAGGAUCUCUGUGAGACUAUGAUGAUAUGUUAUAAUGGAACGAAUUCGUAGGAUUUGCAAUUGAGGAAACGGAACAAGCAUUGUUAACACAGCCUGAUGGCGUGCAUUUUCGAUUGUUACCGUAAAACAAUGCAAUCUCAGUUUCGCAUUAGUGUUUUGCCACCCUGUAAGAAGACCCGGGGUUCCAUGGCAUUUGAUAACACGGUGAAAUUAGAGGAUUAUCAAAGAUCGCAUCUGCCAUCUAUCGUCUCAUAAUACCAUUUUGAAAUCGAUCUUCCGUCCAUGCGAAGAAUUGCUAUUUUUUUUUUUCAAUUUUUAACGACUAUAGAUACCUCUAACAGCGAAAAUGCACGCCGGCGGCGGAGAGGGGAAAAGUUUGAGCAGUAUAAGCCUGAUGUUUUCUUUGCAUCCGCGUUUAAGAUUUGUUUUUCACCUGCACUGUGAAUUUCAAGUGGAUAACGCAAGUUAGACAAAAAAGGAGUUAUACCGGUUUCCGACAUGAAUAAUAAACAGGGCAAUUACCACACUUAGUUUCACUUAUGCGACCAAAAACAACAAUUGAAGCAGUUAUCCGUGAAGGCGCCACGCACGAGUCUAGGUCAUGACUUGGGUUUCUUUCACACGCACCUUAUGGUUGACUGAUUUAGUGCUGCAAUAUUUUUUAAAACACUUUUUCCUCACACUGCAAUCUUGGUAAGCUGACGUUUUAUUAAACUUUUCUGGGACAAAAAUGCAUUUGCGAAACUAAACUCUUCAUUCUAAUCGCUUUUAUACAGAUUUUCUUAAUCAGGUAGGGAUGCAACGUUUUUAUUCCAGAAUAAUGAAAGAGACUCCACAAAUGUUACUCAAAUGAGAGGUAUUUGAAACCUCGUGGCCGACCAGUUUCUCUUUCUCCCUUAAGGGCUUCCCUAUCCUCCCACCCCCCCACUACCCAGAUUUAUACCUAGAUUUAGAUAUUUCAGUCUCACAGGGAAUACGAGGCUGGUUUCAAAGCGCUUAACUAAACUACUAAUAUAAAGCUCAAACCUGCCGGUUCCAUGUAGAAUUAAGCGACAAGGAGUAUUACUCCCCCCCCCCCCAGCAUUUUGUGAGGCCUCCCAGACAAUUCACCGGUACCCAUUAAUACUCCUGGGUGUAGAGAAGCACGAUGAGAGAAAGUGUUUCGCCCAAGAACACAAGACAUUGACCUGGCCUGGUCUCGAACCCAGACCUCAAAACCUGGAGGUUUGGUUCCUCCAAUCACAACGGAACGAGAAAGAAAACCAUAUCAAACAAAAAUGUGUUUCUUCCUCUUCUUCAGGUGCAUUUCUCAUUCCAUAUUUUAUCAGUGUGAUCCUGCUUGGCAUACCCCUUCUGUUUCUGGAGCUCGCCAUCGGCCAAAGCCUCCGCCAGGGUCCCAUCGGUGUGUGGAAAACUAUUCACCCCUACUUGAGUGGUGUGGGGCUUGCUUCAGCGGUCGUGUGCGUUCUGAUCUCCAUGUAUUAUAACGUGAUAAUUGGGUGGUGUUUUUAUUAUUUGUUCGCGUCGUUUCAAGACCCUCUGCCUUAUUCUUUUUGUCCCGCUGGCCCGAAUUGCACCGUAAACGAAGAGUGUAAACUGGCUGGGCGGACGCAGUACUACUGGUAUACUAAGACACUCGGGGCAACAACUUCCAUUGAGGAUAUGGGUGAUUUCCAGUGGCAUCUGUGUCUUGUGCUUAGUUUAGCAUGGAUUGUUCUGCUGAUCAUUAUCAAUCGAGGAGUCCAGUCAGCUGGAAAGGUAGAGCCUUGUAAUUCCUCAAAUAAAGUCACCUCAUUCGCUCAUAACAACUUUUUAGUAAUUAGUUUAGGGUCUUCCCAAAGUUUAGGCAUUUAUUUUGUUUAUUAAACGCUUUUAUUUAUUAAUAGGCGGUUUAUGUCACUGCUACACUUCCAUAUAUUGUUCUGACCAUAUUCCUUGUAAGAGCUGUCACAUUGGAGGGAUCGGUAGACGGAAUCAAACACAUGUUCAAGCCUCAGGUAAUCAGAAGAUUAUAUUACUGAAUUCUUUCUUGGACUUAUGUGUUUAGAGGUUUCUUCCUGACUGAUGUUUAAGUCAAAUCAUUGUUGCAAUUAAAUGGAAAGAUAACUAUGAGCUCAUGUUUUUCUUAGGUAAAAGGAAAGAUCAUGAUUAAAGUGCUAGACGAACAGGCUAGAAACGACGAAAACAAACCAGUGUUUUGAAGGACUAUGAAUCCGCUUGUCAGAUCUUGAAUCAGCUUAAAGCGUUAAAAAGGGUUCUUCUUAAAUUGAUAGUGUAAACAAAAACGGGCUGGAGUAUACAGCAACAAGAUACAAAUAUGGUUUAGAAUGUCUCAUAUCAAGACGGAUUGCAAAUGACGAGCUUGAAAAUUAGAGUUAAAAAAGCUUCGAUUUACCUCCUCAUAUCAUUCACCCUCAUUAAGGGUUAAAAUGUGGGCAAAGUUUAGAGCAAAAAAUCGCUAAUAUAAACGUUUCUUUCAGUUUUCCAAGCUAACCAGUCCUCUGGUUUGGUUAGAAGCCGUUACUCAAGUAUUCUUUUCCAUCGGUGUUGGUUUUGGUACUUUCGUUGCGAUGGCAAGUUACAACACAAAGCAUAACAACUGCAAAAGAGACGCCAUCUUUAUAUCGUUAGCUGACAGUUUCACGGCUAUCUUUGCAGCUCUGGUGGCGUUCUCUGUCCUUGGUUUUAAGGUGAGUAGUUACGGAAGUACAAUAUAAGUGCAGAAUAAAUGACGAAAAAACAGCACUUAUUAAGAGGUAGAGAUGGUAAUGCAUGAAAGUUAACUUUUGUGAUUCAAUUUGUUUGUGGUGAUUAAGCGAAGAUAUGAUUAAGACAUUUUUAUGUUGCUUCUAUAAAAUGAGAAAUACCAUCGUGCUAAGAGGACAUUGAUAAUGGCGUUAGAUCUUAUUUAAAAAAAACGUGAAAAAGUAAACAAUCACGUGAGCAAAUCAUAAACAGCUGUUUUAAAUCCAUUGGACCUCGACAGUUUGCCACAAUCAUUUUAAUCAAGGUAUAGCAAUUCAAGUAGAUUACAACUUUGGGAUGUGAGUUUGCUAAUUAACAGAAUGAUAAUAUCACCACCAUCAUCGUCAUUCAAGAGCUGAAUACAUUACAUCUCUUUCUGGUCAGUUCUUGAGAGCGACUUUAAUAUGUUGUAUACACUCAAACAACUAUGAAAUGAGUAUCAGCAGAAAUCACUCCCUCAUAGAUUACUACUCAGAAUAAUUGACUAAUUGACCAUUGGAAAGAUGAGAAUUUUACCACAACUUAUUGAGUAACAGUGAUCUUGAGAAUCACAUCUCAGUUCAGGUGCACUCAAUUGCCCUAUGAUAAGUCAUCUUGCCCUCUCUGUCUCAUAAUAACAAAGAUUACUUGGAAUACCUUCUGAUAUUUUAAAGGGUAUCAUGUGUGAUUACAUUGAUAGAGCCUAUUUUAAGGCUUAACUAAAAUCCAAUUACCCAUCGAAUAUGACUUGACUUUCAUCUUGCUUACGUUUAAAGGCACAUGAUUCCUACACUCAGUGUUUAGCAUUAUAUGGUGAAGUCAACAAUACUAAACUGCCCGCUGGAGUGACGCUUGAAAAGCAAUGUCAUAAUCUGGAGCACUGGCUAUCUAAGGUAAAUCAUGGCACAUAGUUCAUCAAAAUUCAUGUAUUACUCACGCAGACUGACAAUCUUACAGACAAAUAUAGACCAUGCACCUGUGGACGGGUUAAAACAUUUGCGCACUGUAAAUUGCAGAAACCGCAAAAGGAUAAAGAUGGAUAAACUAACAGACAGACCGGCAGGCAAACGGACAAAUAAACCUACUGACGAACGAAUGACUGAAGAGACAGAAAGUCAAAAUAAUUGGAAUUGUAUCAAAAGAAUCGCGCCUGUGGUUUUUCCAUAAUACAAGAAAACUCCAUGUUUUCUCUUUUCACUUGAAUAUAUUAAUAUAAUCGAAAGAAAUUCUGUUAAAUGAUCAUGAUCAAUAGCAAAACGACUAUCGCAUCUUUUUUCUUCAGAAAUUUCAAGGUCCUGGCCUCACUUUCAUUGCCUUUACUGAAGCAAUCCUUUUAAUGCCGGCUUCACCACUAUGGUCUGUUCUGUUCUUCGCCAUGUUUCUGUCUCUCGGUCUUGGUAGCAUGUUCGGUAUACUGGAGGGUGUACUUAACCCGUUACACAAACAGAAGAUAGUGCCCUUGCGCAAGGAAAUAAUGACAGGUCAGUUUCUGUUGAGUUGAAUGAAUUCUAGUUCUUCUUGGUUUGCCGUCAAUUUGUUUUUUAUUUUUUCUAUCUUGUCUCAAUAGCAUUUUGCAGUUUCCUUUAUUAUGAAGGCAAAUUUCUUGGGCGUAAAAAAUUUUAUAUCACGAGUUAGUUUCUUAAAUGUGACAUCGCUGGGUUCUGUGGGAAAAUCGCACGUUAGCUGCGACGAAACCUCCUUGCAAGAUAUCGAAUCACAAUUGGAAAUUACUUUGUUUACUUCUGCGUCAUGCACUCGGCUUCGGUCACAUUUUUAAUUUUCUUUGAUUUAACAGUCUUGAUUUGACGUAAAAGUACCUGGUUAUCUGUGUAGUAAGUGUAGUGGUGCGAACAAAGAAUCCCCAAAAGUAAGGCAGCUGAUUGAAAGACGAGGAUGAAAGGGUAACAAGGGACUUUACUUCAUGAUCCCCCUCCAGCCGUUCUACUCUCUCCUUCGCUAACAAGUCAGAUACUAAGCUAGCAUAUUGUUUAAUCCUUCCCAGGUCUUACGUGCCUCUUUUGUCUCAUCGUUGGACUGCUGUUCUGCCAGACCUCUGGGGAGUACUGGUUGCAGCUAUUUGACAGCUUUACAGGAACACUACCACUUCUCUUCAUCUGCUUCUUCGAACUUAUCGGAGUAGCAUGGGUGUAUGGAACCAAGAGGUGAGGACUGGAGCUAGAUCGACUGAUAAGAUAUAAACCAUAAGCUCGAGAUCAUCACGAGUGGGCGUGUCUUCAUAUAAGGAAGCUUUGUUUGUUUGUUUGUUUGUUUGUGUAUUUUUUUUGUGAUUUAACGUUGUAACAUCACCGCAUUAAUCAGGUAACACAUGAUGCGACUGAAGAGAAAAUCUUGUCACUUUCAGAAAACUUUUGGUGUGUUAUCUUGAUGUAACGUAAAGAAACUCAAAGCGACCUAUGAUAGGAAGUACGAGACACCUAUUGGAAAGUUUACCAUGAGUGACUAGCAUUUCAUUUCUCCUUACAGUAUCACCGCUCUGCUUAUUUUAAGAUCACGAGAAUAAAUGAAAUGAUCGCCAAAUACAGACCCUCUGGAUUGUUAAACAAAGUUCUCCUUAUCGGUACCAUAGAAAAUGUACAGAGAAUAGUUGAGAGAAUAUGCUUACUGAUGUUGAGGUGUGGUUGAGAGUUCUUUGACAUGGGUGCCUUGUUCUCAGAAACGGAUAGAGCUAAGAGAAUCUACCACCGGUCUCUGUUCGUGAUGUCUUUGGUAAUGAAGAUUUUUCUUAGAAGCAUUUCUUGAUUCUUCCAGAUUUUCUGACGAUUUAACUUACAUGCUCCUCGAGAGACCCGGAUGGUUCUGGACGAUAAUGUGGAGAUUUGUGUCUCCUGUGAUAGUCCUGGCGAUCUUUGUUAGCAGUAUUGUUAACAUGGCAAUGAAACCACCUGCGUACUCUGCCUGGAGACCAAAUAAGGUGACUGAAUGAUUUUACCAUUGUUCUUUAAUUGUGCGUUGUUGCCGGUGGGUAAGGGAUCAGGGAUCAGGGAUCAGGGAUCAGGGAUCAGGGGUCAGGGGUCAGGGGUCAGGGGUAGAAGAAAUGGGGGUAAUUGUGCUGAAUUUGUGGGGUGCUAAGGAUAUUUAAUAAAGUUUUCCUUGGGAAUGAUGCGCUGUGAAGUUUCCGCUAAAAUCACGUUAAUGGUCGGCCAUUUGUUUGCUGUUUGCAGCGAUUAGUUUUAGACAAAUGCUACAGUUUAAAGAGUUUCAGCAUUUGAAGAACUCAAUGCACUAUCUGUGUGGAGGUUUCAGUUGGCUGUGCUAAGUGUCCCUUUCCAAACGUCUACAAAAGAAAGAGCCUCUCAUAUCUGUCAGGUCCGUCAAUUAUUGAAAAUGGAAAGGGCAAAUUACUUUGAGUCGGAACUUCGCUGUAUUUAUUGGAUAAAUUUUUAACAGUUGUUGUUGUUGUUGUUGUUUUUUUUUUUUAGUCAAAAUGUAUAUUUGUCUGUUUAAUGUUGUAGGCCGAGGUGGAGAGCGUUCCAUACCCAUCCUGGUGUUAUCCUAUUAUUGCUUUCCUCAUCUGCGCAUCCUGUCUUUGUAUACCAGCGGUCUUUCUUGUAAACUUAUGUCAACGGUUUAUCGCGAAGAGGAGAGGAUAUACGCCAUGAUCACUUGACUGUUUGUUAUGGUUUGACUAACAUACUUGGAGAUGAUCGAGCAUUUACAACACAUUUCAAUGGCAAAUGUUGGUAAAGUAAUAGGAAGAUUGCGGAACCAGUGGAAACUGAACCGUUCAUUGAUUUGAAUUCAAGGCUUUUACUUAGUUUUGCAGUGCGCAUCCACACUGCGGAUAAUUUCACAAGUGAUUAGCGUGUAAAAUAAAAUAUGGCCGCUAUCUUCAUUUCCUCGUAAACGAAAACAAACAGUCAUCAAUCCAUUUUCCAAUGGAGCAAUAAUGCUCUACUUUUAAACUUGAAGGCGAUUUUCAUAUCAAUACAGGAUAACAAAUAACCUUCAGGAACAUCAACUUGGCGAAUAUUCUUAGAUAUAUUCAUGAAAAGAUCACAAGGGUAUUUACUGUCAAGAUGCUGUUGCUCAUAAUGGAGAAAUCUCCAGAAAUUAAUUCAUUCCUAUCUCUACCAUUACAAAGUUAAUUUGACGCUAACCGCGUGUACGAGAUUCCGUAGACUUCUGGCUCGAAAUUGUCGCAAAGUGAAGCCAAGGAAAAGUCUAACUAGAUGGAAAAAUUUAUAUCAUGGUACAGUUUACACUACAACAUUUCUACGAACAUACAACGUCGGCUACAAGGAUGGAAAUGAGUCUUAAACGCACUUUUUUCUUCCUUACCCUGUUACAACGCAUUUUUCAAAUGACAGCUUCCAUUUUACUAUUUUUUUGAUAGAAAGUGGUAGUCGAGAAGCCUGUUAGUUGUAAUUUGACAUCUGAAAGCAUUUUUUAGCACCAUUUGUCUGAGGCUGUACAGGUAGUAACAUUUGUAUUUGUUUUUUUUUUUUAAACCAUUUGUAUUAUAGUUAUCAUGCUAGGUCAAUUAAAUCCUAUUUAGUCUGUAUAAUUGUAAAAAAAAAUAAGCUCACGAGUAGUUUAAAUUCUGUUAUAACCAAGUGCUAAACCUUGUUGACUGGUGAACUCUAACUCUAAGCCCUACGAGAAAAACAUGCAUAAAGUUCAGUCGAAGAGAAUCAUAUCUGUGACUCAAUGAGGCGCCUUAUAUUUACAUAAACUGACACUUUUGAAAACUUUUUGAAAGAAAACUUGUCUAGAAAGUUAAACACAUAUUGUCUUGACGCUUCUACAAAAAUCUGAACUCUCUUCAUCACGGUACAUUCUGUAAGUUCGUUUGCACCGGUUUUGUCAUGUUAUUUCAUAUCAAGUCUUGAAAAAUAUAAAUUAAAUUAAAAUAACCCUUACCCUAUCCCUAAGCUUCCUCGUUUCGUUAAAAUUCUGAAAGAUCUCUUGAGACGGGUCAAAUGUGCCGAGCUGUCAGUCAUCAACAAACAUCCGUGCUGAUGAAAUAUUUACAAAUGAGUAUGUAUCUAUUGUACGAUCGUGAACGAACUUUUACAUGUUCCUUCAUAACGUUUUAAAUUAAUAAUACCAACUCGUAUUUCACAAUCGCAGAUACUAAACGGUUUUUUCUACAUAGAUCAUACUAAAGUCGUGUUUAGCGCGCUUCUCUGUUCACUAAGAAAUAAAAUAUUCAAACCGGUCAAACUCGUUUAUUGUGUUUUGAGAAAACUGGUUUUUAUUUAUCCUUAUUCAUGAUUUGUUAUUGUCCCUCACUUUAUGAGCAGACGAAUAGUGUCUUUGAGCCUUGGCGCGUAUUCAGAGCACUGCGAUCGCAAUGCCAAGACAAGAUCGAAAAGCCGACGGUCUGAUAACGUUGAAUCUAACAGCCAGCCCUGAGAAUGGGUACGAUGAAGCGGAGGAAGGCAAGCUUGAUUUCGAGACCGACACCAUAAGCGAGGAGGUAGAUAUAGUAAAACGGCGGACUUGGAGCAACAAAGCUGAAUACAUUCUCGCUACUAUCGGGUUCGCGGUUGGAUUUGGAAAUUUAUGGAGAUUUCCGUAUUUGUGUCAGAAAAAUGGAGGAGGUAGGGAGAGAUCUAAUGGAUUUAAAAUUGAGCCAUGGUAUCACGUCUGCGGUCAUGAAACUCUUAAUUUACUAUGUAAAUUGCGGUGAAAGAGAGAAAAUCGUCACUCUCUGAUAGUUCCCUAUCGAUAGCUCAAUAAUUUAUGCUUGGAAUAACACGCAAAACUUUGUAAUAUUUGGUUUCACUUCCUUAUCAUUUCUAUUUUGUGUUCUUGGGCCGUAUUUCACUUUUUCUGAUGGAUUAAAUAAUUUCCUUGUAAGAGAGCACAUGUGAAAGAACAAUAAACUCGAGAGCACCUGACACCCUGUUGAGAUAAGGAAUCACAUUAAAAAAAGACAGCCUCGUUAAAAUAGAAUCAGCGCAUUUUCAGAGCUGUUAUAGCCUUAGAUAGCACGUAAUGUUUUUUUUUCUCAAGUUUAGAGGUGUACGUAACCCUCUAUGGCUCGACUUUUUUCCUGUUGGUCAUCUCUUGAAAAUGGAUUGAUUGGGAAUUAGCGAACUGUUAGUAAAGAAUAAAUUAUUCCGAGCCCUGUUUCCUAAGAUAAUGUUAUCCAAACCGAUAUAUUGUUUCCCUGAAAAUAUCUUGUGGUCGGAAAUGAGGUCGAAUAACCGCAGACAAAUAGAGUAAUUUUAGCGCAAGAAUACAUAACAAAGCUCGCGCGCCUAUCAACAUUUAAUCACAUGCACAUCUCGAGGAGUCUGAUCUUUUUAAUUCGAUUUACUCUCUUGCUCUUGGAAAAACAAAGAGAUACCGAUGAAAAUUCGCACUCCCUUUGAAGCAGUGUAAUCAAAAUAAAGCAAGCGAUAUCGCAGAUUAUUCUAGCGAAAUUGUGUUGACCAUUCAAUGAACCUUUAUACGGCUGGAUCGUUGAAUGCAAAUUUCACGCUGGUGAAAAGGUAUCUCCUGAUAACAAUAGGUCGACAGGACAUUUAAGCAACAGGUUAAAUCUGAAACAACAAACACCAUACUAAGAAAACAGUUUGCCUUCUUGUCAAUAUGUUACUUCACUGAUAUUUUGCUCUAUAGCCUUAACAUUCUGUUAUAAAAGAAUUCCUGUGCUUGCAAGGUAUAAAAAUGUACGCUACUAGAUGGGGCUAUGACCGUUAACCGUAAAACGGUAAAACAAUCAGCUGUUAGGCGUAAAAAGUGAUGAAAUUUAAUCAUAAAAAUUGUCCUUAUUUUUUGGUGUGUCAUUUUGAAAGUGUCAAAAUCUUAGACUGUUCUGCGACCGCGUUCACUCGAGUUAACAUUGCUUCGAGCGAAACUCGAAAGCUACCGCUUUUGGCCUACGCAUUUUUUCCUGAAAGCCUUUCUUUUUCCUUCUGAACAGUUUCAAUCCAAAAUAAUUGUUAUGCGCUUGUAACUUGUGCAUCUUUGUAUCAACGUAUAAUAAUCUUUAUUCAAUCCGGCUAACAGCAAAUGUUUUGACGAGUUGAAAUCAUUUCACGGAUAAGUUUCUCUUUUUUACUUAAGUUGGAAAAGGUCGUGCGUGCAAUAAACGCAAUAUUGGUAUCAGUUCACGGAUCAUGCCCCAUGGGCCACUUGGACCUGUAUAAAGACUUUACUACUUACCAUCGAUUGUUCUCCAAUCGCAGUCGAAGACACUACACUAUGCACUUAUUAACUGAAAGGGAAGGCCGGCUGGGAAAACAUUCGAUUAGAGCAUGUUUGUGUCGAGGUUAUUACCAUGACCGAGAACCAAAUAUUUUCCCAUCCGCCUCACCUAAACUCAGCCAGUUUUAUCACAUGUAUUGCACUUUUGAUCUUUAUUCAUGUCCUCUUGCACAUUUAAUCUUGCAAGGACCUACACAAGGUCGUACGACUUCUACCAGCUCUGCUCGCACCAUUGCAUACGGCCCUUGUACCAAGAUUUUUGUUAUAAAGGUAAUCUUCUAAAAUAAAAGUACGUGCAGGGCCGCACAUUAAGAAGACACCCAGUAUGAAAACUGGAGUUACAAGGAGUUCUUUCCUUUUUUCCUUUCUUUUGAACCAGAAACAAAAACUAUUCGACAGCAUAUGGCUUGACCAAGCGUCCUGUUAAGGCAAACCUAUUUUUCAAAACCAAAACGAAACUUCUACAUAUCUACAUAUGGGCAGAGAGACAUCUCCAGUUCGAGCAUUCAUCGUAUCAAGAAAUGGUCUAUUGUUCCGGGUCAACUUUUCCAUUAAGCAUCAAACAAAAGUCCUAAGUAAUUGGUAGUCCUGAGGGACUUCGGCCGAAGGGAGGCGGAAAAGCUCGUAACUGAUCGAGAAAAUUAUCGGAGUAACAAUUUUGCUGCACUGGGGGAGUGGGUAGUGUAAAUAUGCACUGAUGUCUUUCCUAAUCAUAGUUAUUUUUCAUUCCUUCCAUGAAAGGUGCGUUUCUUAUUCCAUACUUUAUCAGCCUGAUCCUUCUCGGCAUUCCUCUCUUCUUCUUGGAACUUGCCAUCGGCCAGAGCCUCCGUCAGGGUCCCAUCGGUGUGUGGAAAGCUAUUCACCCCUACCUGGGUGGUGUGGGGCUUGCUUCAGUGGUCGUAUGCCUUCUGAUCUCCAUGUACUACAACAUGAUCAUUGCCUGGUGUUUUUAUUAUCUAUUUGUGUCGUUUCAAGCCCCCCUCCCCUACUCUACUUGCCCCAGCGGCGUGAACUGCACAGUAAAUGAGGAGUGCAAACUGGCCGGUCGAACACAAUAUUUCUGGUACACUAAAGCCCUCGGUGCGACAACCUCCAUCGAGGAUAUGGGUGAUUUCCAGUGGCAUCUGUGCCUUGUGCUAUUAUUGGCAUGGAUUGUUCUGUUUUUGUUUGUUAGCCGUGGUGUCCAGUCUGCUGGAAAGGUAAAACAUUUAUAGGCCUUGCCAGUUAAAUUGGCUCUCUCAGAAGAGAAGCAAAGGUGGAAACGUCUCAGAGUUAUCUAAUUUCCCAUUUUUUUUAACAGGCGUUGUAUGUCACUGCCACCUUACCAUAUAUCGUGCUGGCCAUCUUCUUUGGAAGAGCUGUUACUCUGAAGGGAUCAUUAGAUGGAAUCAUACACAUGUUCAAACCUCAGGUAACUAACCGGAAAAGCGUUUAUUUUCAUAGUGAAACCAUCGCCAACGGACACACACGACAGGCAGACUCUUCCACUUGGAGCAUUUUUCACGAGCUAAAACUGAUCGGCCACGUAGUCCAAUUACAUUCGAUGUAGUGGAUACAAUUAAGAAAUAGCUUUUAUCUAGUAGAACCACUCCGAUUGAUUUUUAAAUCCUCUCAGUGAAUAAUUACGCCGAUCUGGUCGAUCAGUAUGGACUGCGUAAACUCCAUUUAUACUAUAAAGAACUCGGCCCGAUACCCAGUUAUAAAUGCUGUGCAAAAAAUGAGCCCGAGUCUCGAGGAUAUCGAAUACCGAGCUCGCGUAAAUGGGAGAAAUCAAGCCUAACAAAGAACUGAUUAUUAUCUGCAUAAUGAGGCAUCAACUAUCUAGAGUAGCCAACGUCGCUGGUUAUUUUGUUCACGCCAAAGCAAUGAGCGGUAAGGCUGCAAAAGGCUUAGGAUGGAAGACAGUUUUGAGUAAAAACCGUAAGGCGCCCACAAAAACCACAAAAGUAGUAGAAAUAUGUAAUUGGUAAAUGUACUUAAAAAAUAAUGCGGAUAGUGUGAACUCUCGAAGAAAAUAUGAGAUGAUUUUUUCCGACCUUUAACUUCCCUUUUUCUUAAUGUUCAGUUCUCUAGAUUGCUGUCCCCUUUAGUAUGGCUCGAGGCUGCAACUCAAGUGUUUUUUUCUGUGGGUGUCGGUUUUGGGACCCUCAUCGCGAUGGCGAGUUACAACCCAAAACACAACAACUGUCGGCGAGACGCCAUUUUUAUAUCUUUGACUGAUAGUUUCACGUCAGUCUUUGCGGCCGUUGUAGUUUUCUCCGUCCUCGGCUUCAAGGUGAGGUUUGGCCUGGGGGAGUAGAUUUCUACCACCCAAGUGAGCAAAAGACCGAGAUGCGUUGGGAUGUUGUACUGAUUAAUAAGAGAUGGGUGUUAACUCAACUACCAGGUUAAGAUUGAGAUACUACCUUGUUGCUAUUGUUGUUGUUAUCACUACAAGAUUUUAAUUCAAUUAAGUUUUUUUAACGUAACGAUAAUACGAAAGAAACACUCGUCGUGCAGCUUUUAACGCGUUUUUUUGAGAGCGACAUUAUCAGAAAGUUUUUAUCAUCGGACUUAAUUGAAACCCCUAAUGAUUAAAGAAAGAAAAAAAGAACUGCAAACCUGCCAAUUUGUUAGCAUCUUGUUAACCCUUUACUGCACCAUGCUCUCGUUUUUUAUUCGUCAAGGGAAAAAAGAGACGCCUUAUGCAAGCUAGUUUCUAGGACACUGCUCAUUUCUUUAAGAGGACGCCGGUCGUAAAGCGAGGAAAAUAUCUUUAAAAUGUUUUUUUUUUAUUACUCUAGAAGUCUUUUGACUUUAUUCCGCAGGCACAUGGAUCAUACGACGAAUGUUUGAGUCUAUACGGUGGUGCAAAUAACACCAACCUUCCGCACGGAGUAACAAUUCAGCAAAAAUGCCAUAACCUAACAUAUUGGCUUUCUGAGGUAAAGACGCUAAAUAGUAGCCAUAAAAUUAUAUGUACAAGUUCGACAAGUAAAUUUUUUCCGAUACCUUCUAAGAUAAAUAGGAAUCACGUUAAAGGACAACACUUGAGAUCAAGAGUCUCUUGCUUCAAGCUUCUACGAAUGAAUUAAUCAGGAUACUUCUGAAAUAUCAUUCUCUGCAAAAACCAUUUUUUAAUGAAUUUCCUUAUCAGUCGUUCCAAGGUCCUGGCCUGACGUUCAUAGCUUUCACUGAAGCCAUCCUGAAGCUUCCGUUAUCCCCACUAUGGUCUGUUCUGUUCUUUUCCAUGUUGCUGUCUCUCGGCUUCGGCAGUAUGUUCGGUAUACUGGAGGGUGUGCUUAAUUCACUGCACGACCAGAAGUUGAUUCCGCUGCGGAAGGAAUUACUGACAGGUAAAAUAAUUUUAUUUACUUUUUAGCUACGUAAAAUUUCAGAAUUUCUUUAUUGUAGAUUAUCUUUUUUUAUCACAUAAACUGCGGUGUUAUACAAGGAUUUCCGGCCCCUGAGAAAAGCCGUAACAACACACGUGAAAAAAUAUCGUAUUUUUUUCACGUGUGUUGAUAUAACCUUUGGCGCCACUCGGUUAGGUUGAUGAAUGAACGGCAAAUCCCUUACGAUUCAAAGCUUCCUCAAAUUAUGACGGCUAAAACACUAAAAAAUCCGUAUUGCUGACAGACAGUGAGGUUCAAACUUUUCUAGAAGAGGAAGGAAACCAAUAUACUAAAAGAAAAACCAAAAGUUACGUAUUCAGUGGCUUUGGUGUAAGCAUUUCUCUCGGCUCAGAAUGAAAUCGACGACUGGAAGAUUUUUCACUGGCCGAUUUUGGCCGUUUACCUGAAAGACUUCUUCUGUCGGUAAGGGCAAAGUCAAUAAAUGAGAAUUUUGUAAAUUGAAAAUUACGAUCAUUGUUGUUUUUGUAAUCAUGAUUUAACGCAUUUUUCCAUCUUAAGAGUUAGCGCUAACGCACUUUACGAUUGUUAUUCGAGGAUUGUCGAUUCAUUUAUUUUCAUUCAUUAAUGAAGUCGGCUUUUCUUUCCAGUAAAGUGCUAUUGUGUUUAUAUGAUAAACAAAAUAAUACAUGAUUGCUUGUAGAUAUGGAAUUUCUCUUCUCGUGCUCAACUCGACAUCUCACUCGUGAGCUAUCGAGUUAAACACUCGAAGAGAAAUUCCAUAUCUACUCGCGCCCAUGUAUUAUUCUCUAUAUACGACACCCACGGCCAGCAAAGCGUGAACACUGAUUUGAUGCUUACCGGUCUAUGAUACACCGACUGUUAAGACAAGGGAACAACACUCAAAUCCAAAAACUAAAGAAAAGCUCUUAUAAACCAUGUUGCUUUUGUCCAUGAUCUCUUGGUGAAUGGUUAAGUAAGUGAUAUGUAAGGGAAAAUAAAGGAAGAAAAACAGGAAUAAUAUUCGCACUCCAGAUGAUAAAAUAUCUGACAAAAUAUCUAAUUCCGUCUUCAGGUCUAACGUGUUUUGUGUGUCUGGUCGUUGGACUGCUGUUCUGUCAGACCUCUGGGGAGUACUGGCUGCAGAUGUUUGACAGCUUUACAGGAACACUUCCGCUUCUGUUCAUCUGCUUCUUUGAACUUGUUGGUGUUUCAUGGAUCUACGGCGCCAACAGGUAAUGGAUGAAUGAUCGUGCCUUAAUUUUAAUGAACGAUCGGCCGAGUACAUCAUCGAGAGUUUGAAACUGCUCACUAUUUGAUCGGGGUGGGAGUGGAAAAAGGGUUCUUUUGACUGUGAGUCCUUCAGUCCGCAUGGUGGUGUGGCCAUCUCCGUUAACCCAAUCAAAAAAACAACCAACCAAACACGUUAAGCUAAAAAAGAGUUCAAAGGAAGUAAAUUUGAGAGUGAAACUAUGAGUGGUGUUCAUGAAGGAAAUUGUUUCUCACCCGUGCCGAGAUUAUCCGCGGCAGAUCGUCUGUAUCUGAGCGCAAGUGAUCAUGAUUAGCGCAGAUUUAGAAGGAUUAAAGGUCAUUUUUUAUUCUAAGACACACCUUUACCUGUGGUGUCAAUUUAUAUAGAACAAUUGUCUCCUGGACCAACAUUAUUUCACUGCACAUUACGAAUGACCGGUAACACAGCGCUUUCUUUCGUACUUUGAUACACAGGUUUUACGACGACAUCGAGUACAUGCUGCGCAUGCGACCUGGCUUGUACUGGAAAAUAACUUGGAGAUUUGUGUCUCCUUUAAUAGUAUUUGUCAUCUUUGUGUGGAGUGUGUUGAACCUUGGACUGAAACCGAUUACAUAUUCGGUGUGGCACAGCAAGGAGGUACGAACAACACCUUGUCGCAUUUAUAUACAAAACGGAAGUUGGGGGUGUUAGACAGAGCAUUACAAUAACCAGUCAUGUCAUAAACAAGCAGGGGACUAGAAACGAAGUCUUCAUUUAAUUGGUUGAAAUAGCUUCGCCUGUCACAUGAAAUAAAAGUUUGUUUACUCAAUUUGAGUGAUUCAAAAACACAGAGACAUAGUUGAGUGUGGAAUAAUAAAUCAGUAGUAAAGAGCUUUGUAUGGUAGGAGGCACAGACGUCUCACUAAUCCAUAAUAAUCUCUCGUCGGAGCAAAUCGACACGCGAACCCGGUUGAGGUAAGGCGGCAUUAGGCUGUAAAAUGAGAUGAAAUCCUCGCUCAGCUUCUGCCAUCUUCGUCGACCUUGAUUCUAAUUUGAUCGGUUUUAGUCAACUGAAUCAUAACAAUAACGUGACUUUCAUGACUGCAUAAUUAAGCAUUAUAGUUUGCUGAGAUUAUCUGUAUUGUCAUAGGGAUUAAAAUUUAUAAACCACCGAUGAAAAAUCAUUUUUCUUUCAUUUCAGGGCGACGUUAAGAGUGUAGAGUAUCCUUAUUGGUGUCUCUUUAUCAUUGCGGUUCUCAUCUGCGCUUCUUGUCUCUGUAUACCCGCGGUGUUUUUUCUAAGAUUAUAUCAAAGUGUGAUCUCAAGGAGAAAGAGAGAUACAGAGAUUGUCCGUGACUUGCUUGAAACGUCUGCAAAGAAACCGCCUGAGAAGAACACAGAAUGACUUGCUUCUUCAGAUCUUAGAUAGAGACUCCAGCUUUAGACAUAGAAUAGACCCGUGUCAGAUCAUUGGUCUGCGAGUGUCAUGCGGUGCAAAUUAAACUCGAUGGAUGCGCGCCAAAUGCACUAUUCUUGUGAGGUUUCGCUUUCAAAUUAUGCUUAAUUAAGAGACCACUCCUAUUCGGAGGCCUCAGCCGUUUCGGAUUACGACAGCGAUAUAGAAAAGAGAGCCAACAAAUUAAGAAUGAAAUGCACUCAGUCGUCACAAUAUCCAUUUCUUUGCCAAACAUAUACGUUAUCACUCAAGCCGCCUGACCUUCUAACCAAAU